AUGGCAAAAGACAGCGAGUUGUGGGACAUUGUGCUAGAUGGACCCUUCAUCCCAACAACGGAAGUGAAUGAUAGAGAAAUUACAAAAGUUGUUCAAAAGAUCGCCAACAGUGUUGAAGAAUUCAACUGCAUCUCUGCUUCUGAAUCGGCAAAAGAAAUUUGGGAUUGUCUGAAAAUAGCUUAUGAGGGCACAGAGCAGGUGAAGGAAUCAAAGGUGGAUAUGCUAACCACCCAAUAUGAGAACUUCACAAUAAAUGAGGGGGGAACUAUUCAUGACAUGCAUACAAGAUUCUCCUCCAUAACCAAUGAGCUACGAUGUUUGGGAGAACCUAUCUAUCCCAGCAAGCAGGUCAGGAAGAUUCUUCGAAUCCUUCCCAAGUCAUGGGCAAGCAAAGUAGAUGCCAUUACUAAAGCAAAAGACCUGAAGGUUCUGAUGAUGGAUGCUCUGAAGGUUACUCAUGAAAUGAAUAGAAACCAAGACACGUCAAAGAAGGAGGUAAAGAAAGACAAGUCUCUAGCUCUCAAGAUCUCACCAUGUGAAAUUUCCAGUGAAUAG